AUGUGGACCAAGAUCCACGGCUACAAAGUACCGGCCUUCCAUCAGGAGACCUAUCUCUAUGAAUGGUACUAUGACCUUUACCAGAGUGGCCAGUUCACCUUCCAACUCAAAAACUUGCAUCGCAAAUAUGGCCCAGUCAUUCGUAUCAACCCCGACGAGGUCCAUAUCGAUGACCCCGAUUUCUUCGAUCAGGUCUUCAGCCAGGCUAAUGGCCGUGCCGAGAAACCCUUGCGCGUAGCGGAGGCUUUUGGACCAUAUCCAGCAGACCGUGUGAAUAGGAUCCUCGCUCCAGCCAUGGCAGAUAUUUUAGAUUUCCGUCGGGAUUUAUCUCGGCAGGUGGAGGCCAUUCGACAUGAUGAGGAUACGGCCUACAAGAAAGCUGGCCAUCGCACGGUCUUCCAUGAGCUUCUAGACAGCAAACUUCCCCCAGCAGAGCUGCAGCGCAAUCGGCUGCGUGAUGAAGCGUUUAGCUUGGUGACAGCAGGCUCAGGGACCACGGCCUAUGUGUUGCGUGGCACGGCAUAUCAUAUUGCCGCCAACCCCUCCGUGCGACAGCAACUACAUGACGAACUCGUGGCCACCAUCCCAGAUCCCCAGCAGUUUCCCACCCUGACCACUCUUGAGCAACUGCCCUACCUAACAGCCGUGAUACAAGAGGGACUACGUCUAUGUGACUCCGUCACCCACCGGAUCAGCCGCCAAUUUCCCGACCAGCCGCUUCAGUGCCGCGGAAUCUUCAUCCCCGCCAACACGACCGUGGGGAUGACAGCCAUGCUCACCCAUCUCAACGAGACAAUCUUCCCCGAGCCUCGCGUUUUCCGGCCUGAGCGAUGGUUGGGACCCGACAUCGGGGGUACGCGCUCUUGUCUGGGCAUGAAUCUCGCCCGUGCAGAGCUCGUUUUGAUUCUCGCAGCAGUCUUUCGUCAGUUUUAUUUUGAUGUAUCAGCCGUACAACGGGAGCGGGGACAUCGAUGUGAGUCGUGA